AUGGUCGUCAAGAAGAAGGUCGUCAAGAAGAGGGCGGCGCCCCUGCCUGCUGCUAUCGCGCAGAAGACCCAAAAGGACAAGAAGGUUGUCGACCCGCUGAUCCAGAAGAAGCCCAAGAACUUCUCCAUCGGUGGCAACAUCCAGCCGAAGCGCGAUCUGACUCGCUUCUUCAAAUGGCCACGUUACGUUCGCAUCCAGCGUCGUCGAGCGAUCCUUUACCAGCGUCUGAAGGUGCCACCGACCAUCAACCAGUUCCGAAGCAACCUUCUCGAUCGCCAGACCGCCACCCAGAUGUUCCGUCUUCUGGACAAGUACCGCCCUGAGUCGAAGAAGGCCAAGCUGGAACGUCUGCGUGCCAAGGCUCAGGCUAAGGCCGACGGCAAGGAGGCGGCUCCUGGCAAGCGUCCUCUUGUCGUCAAAGUCGGUUCCAACGCUGUGACCACCGCUGUGGAGAAGAAGAAGGCCCAGCUGGUGUGCAUUGCUGCCGACUGCGACCCAAUUGAAGUGGUGAUCCAUCUUCCCAGCCUGUGCCGAAAGAUGGGCGUCCCGUACUGCAUCGUGCGUGGUGGCCGAUCUCGUCUGGGCCAGGUCGCCGGACUCAAGUCGGUGGCUGCGCUCGCUCUGACGGGCGUCAACCCCGAGGACAAGGCCGCUCUGACUAGCCUCGUCGAGACGGUGCGAACCAACUUCAACGACCGAUUCGACGAGAUCCGAAAGCACUGGGGCGGUGGUGUCAUGAGCAACAAAUCGCGCGCUAAGGUCACGAAACUCGAGAAGGCCAAAGCCAAAGAGUUGGGACAUCUGGAGAAGUGA